GUGCUGUGUAGGGUUGGCUGGUUCAGUUAGAACGUCAAAGUGGGCUUGUGCAAGUGUCGGUGUGUCUGUACUCGCAUUGGAGGGCGCAUGUUAACUGAGGCCCACAGGGGAAGCCUAUCCAGAUUUCAGCCAGCUGCCCUGCUAUAAACAUUUCAGAGUGGAGGAAGAAGACUAUGGAGGGGGGAACACACAAAUCUCCAUUCAAACUACCUUCGAAUAUCAACUCUUAGGCUUUCUUAUUAAAGGAACAAGAAGAGGCCAGAGAGGGGUGGACCUUGCCGUCAAGGAAAACAAGCACCUUUCCAAGUGUUGUUCGCGCUUCAUUUCCUCUCGGCUUGGGAGUAGAGGGCAUGCUGCACCAGAGGGGGGGGGUUCUCAAACAAACUAUCUGACCCUGGUGGUUAACUAAAAUCAGGCUCUGUGAGGCUUACUGGAGGAGGGAGGGAACAGCAGUUAGCGUGAGGCCACCGCGGGGCUGCUGCACUGCGAACACACAGCAGCAGCAGGGAAAAAGGGAAGAGAUGGCCACAGGAGAAAUCACCACUCUACCCGCCACACCUGAAGAUGGAGGCAGUGGCGGCUUCCCUCCAGGAAACUUUAAGGAUCCCAAGAGGCUGUACUGUAAAAACGGGGGCUACUUCUUGAGAAUAAACUCUAAUGGAAGCGUGGACGGGAUCCGAGAGAAGAACGACCCCCACAUCAAGCUUCAACUCCAGGCGACCUCAGUAGGGGAGGUAGUGAUCAAAGGGGUCUCAGCCAACCGUUAUCUGGCCAUGAAUGGAGAUGGAAGACUGUUUGGAACGAGACGGACAACAGAUGAAUGCUACUUCAUGGAGAGGCUGGAGAGUAACAACUACAACACCUACCGCUCACGGAAGUACCCUGACAUGUAUGUGGCGCUGAAAAGGACUGGCCAGUACAAGUCAGGAUCCAAAACUGGACCGGGCCAAAAAGCCAUUCUCUUUCUCCCCAUGUCAGCCAGACGCUGAGCUGAGCUCACCUUGUCUUACUAAUCUUUUAAAACUCAGCCUGGCUGCAGUGCAAACAAACAAACGAGAUAUGAAAAAUACAAGAGCUCACUCAUCCUCAGUGACAUCAUCAUCCCUGUAGUUGGGUUCUUCAACGGCAGGCAUUUCAAUCAAUGGUGAAGGUGCAUAAAGUUGGCGGCCCCCAUGUAUUUUAUAUAUUAUUUUUUGCUGGCCCUCCGUGUACUUAAACACCUAAUAUGCUAAGUUCACCGUAUUGUACAGUGCUCUCCAUUACUAUUUAAAUUAGUACAGUAUACAUGAUACCAAUUCUAGCUCCAAGACGGCGGCAAUUUGAAAAAAACUAAAGUAUAUUGUGCUGAUUUAUUGGUCACGCGCUGUAGUUUAAAAACUCUGGAUAGGGCUCAAACGUCAUAUCUGAAUUCCUCCAUCUUUAUGCACCUCCGCCAUUCAACUAUAUAAAUGUGAGUUUGACUAAGGCUGCUUCAAAUUGUACUUUGAUAAUCUGCUUAUUUUUCUUCAUUUAACAAUUAUGAAAU